UAUCCAAUAGGCAAGAUUAGAUUAACAGUAUUAUGAACUGAGAAGACUGGUAAUUUGAAAUCUCACUAGCAGAGCCAUUUUUUCAAGAAUUCCCCAGUAAAAUAUACUUAUGAAAGUUUGCCCAGCCAGACUAAACCUCCUGACAUACCCUUGUAAAUCUGAGGCCUCCUCCCAAGGCCUUCUCCACUCAGGGCCGCCCUGGAUUUAAGAGCUUGCCAGGGCCUGGCGAUAAUCUCUAGAAACUCAAUGAACAUUCAGGAGCUAGCAGCAGAAGAGGCAAGGAUCAGGCUUGGAUAAAUAAUCUGCUUUUAUUGUAGAUGCAAGAAGCCCUUGUAUUUUGAAGGAAAUAUGUUAGCAGCUUCUCAGUAGACUUCUUGGCACUUCCACUAAUAUUAAACUGCCUGACAAGGCUGUCAAUAAAAUCUCAUAUUGGACUCUUGAGUCAUUUUUACAUUUCCCAACUUCUUUAUUAACUGUACUUUUUAUACUACUUGUAAAGAUAAGUGUUUCCAUAUACAACUGACUGAUGUUAAGCUCUUAGGACCUGAUACAGCUCCAGUAGAUUUGUUGGUGAUACAAUUAGUGUCUGACACAGACAUCACUGUGGUGUGUAUGGACACUGAGAAGAUGUUUAUGAUACUACUCUUAAUUAUUUUCCAGAUGACAGGGUGAGAACUGAAUGCCUGCAGAUGCACUAGCCUCUGGCACAUUCCUUCCCAAAGUGUUAGUUGUCAUGAGGUGUUCCCUGAAACGUUCACUUGCAACAGCCAUUUCUCUCCUUGUGUUCCUACUCAUCAUUAAUCUGGCUUCUUGGCCCCACAAAGAUCUUGAGAUGAAUGAUGUUCAGAAGUGGGCUCGAAUGGUGGGUCUGCACCAAAUUGUGGCUGACUGGACUGUAUAUAGCCUUCAAGAAGUUACCAAUGCCACCAAAGUCCUGAAUAUCUCUUAUCGCUACCUUGCUGGCAUGCCUCCAGUCCAAAAAAAAUUUCUGACAUUAGGGCUCUGUUCUGUCAAGCGGAAACGAGAAAGCUAUCUCUUGGAAACCCUGACUUCCAUCUUUGAGCAAUCUUCUCAAAAAGAGUUGAAAGAAAUGGUGGUAGUGGUACAUUUAACAGAUCCAGACCAGGAGUGGAAUUCUCAAAUGGUGGAGCAAAUUGCCAUGAGGUUUCCUGCUCAACUUCUUCAGAGAUACCUAGUGGUUAUCCACACUCCUCUUGAGUAUUAUCCUCCCUUGGAAGGCUUAAAAAGGAAUUUUAAUGAUGCUGAGGAUCGGGUACGCUUUCGAUCAAAACAGAAUGUUGAUUACGCUUACCUCAUGAACUUUGCUGCCAACCUCUCCACCUACUACCUCAUGAUUGAGGAUGAUGUCCGUUGCUCCAAACACUUCUUCACAGUAAUAAAAAAUAAUCUGGCAUCCCAGAAGGGCACCUCUUGGGUCACUCUGGAGUUUUCCAAACUUGGUUACAUUGCCAAGCUCUACCACUCUAGUGACCUCCCCCGGCUUACUCGGUUCCUCAUGCUCUUUUACCAAGAGAUGCCUUGCGAUUGGCUUUUUGUGCACUUCCGUCUCCUGCUUACGCAAAAGAAGGAAAUUCGUUUCAAGCCAUCCCUCUUCCAGCACAUUGGCCGCUACUCCUCCUUCCAGGGCACACUAAACAAGCUGAAAGAUGAAGACUUUGAAGAGGCCUCUGAACUCCUUGACAAUCCCCCAGCAGACAUAGUAACAGACAUUGUAACAUUGGAGAAUUAUAUAUGCAGUAAGAUUUACAGUACAGUGCAGGCCCCUUCUUCUGGCAACUCCUUUACAGUUAUCUUUAAGCAGGCUGCCCCCAUCUUCUGCAUCCAGAUCCAUCCAGAUUCUCAACAGCACCAGGAGAGCUAUCUCCAAGAAGGGCUUGUGGCAUUGGGCACUCAGAAAUUGCAUACAUGGAAACCAAGUUGUACCAACUAUAUCCCCAUUGGGUACUUUGACCAAGGAAACUUUGACAAGCAGAACCUAGAGAGUAGUACAUCCUCUGAUCCUGUGUGUGUGCACAUUUUGGUAACUAAGAAUCAGAGUGAGUCUCUGAUCAUAAACAGCAUAAGCAUCUGGAUAAAGCCUACAUGCUGACUCCAUGUGAGUGAUCAGGAUCUCUCACAGUAUAGGAAUAUUGCUUGUGGACAGAUCCUUUCUGGAUACAAGAAUCCAACAUGCAGUAAAAGAAGCCAAUUCUGUGUUCUCAGUCAUAGUGAUGAGAUGUUUGUGACCUAUUAUCUUAGAGCAUAAGAGCCCACCAACAAUGUUCUUCAAAAAAGGCUACAAUUUGCAUUAUCUGCUGCUUGUCAGGGACCCUCCAUCCCCAGUUGGGUGUUCCCUAUUUCCAACCUGGGUUAUUUUGCACCCAACUUACUUUUCAUUCUCCCCUCAACAGGAGAGUUUUGUAGCUCCAUAUGGAGAAACAACAAUAAGAUAGGAUGCUGAAAUAAGCCCAGCUGAUAGUAUUAGGAACCAGUUGUGUUUCAAAAACAACUUGUGGUGUUUCUGUUGUGUAUGCUUAGUAUCCCAGGAGGAAAAUGUUGAUUUUAUUUAUGGUCAGAAACCAAAUUUUGAAAGUAAAAAAAUGCACAUAAAACAAGUCGAAUAUACAGAAUUGAAUGAGGUAUAUGCAUAAAUCAAACAAAAAAUAAUAAAAUAUUAAUAAGGCAGUAACUAACACUAAAAAACUACCAUUCUAAUCCCCUAAACUAUAGACAGUUGACCUAGGCUGGAGUCCAUUGGUUUCUGAGGACAAUUGCAAUGGAGCAGAACCUAGCAACUUUCUCUGACAUUUCUGUGGAAAUAUCCUCCAGUAAGAACUGCACAAUCUUGGACUCAGACCAAAGCCCACAUCUAGCAAGGGAUGGAAGCAGUAAGGUAGAUUUCCAGUCCUAAUCUAGUGGUCAAUGCAACAGGACCAUUGUUUCAGUGGCUGAAUCCAAGUAUAUGCAGUGGCAAUCUAGAUAGGGAAUGUUAUAGAGCUGCUUCUCCACUGGGUUCAUGGAUCGAGCAUUGAACCUAGGUAACAUAAAUGCCUUUUUGUUUGAGGGGGAAAGUACUUUAAAAAGUAGUUUGGAAAGAUGUAGGUGAUGUGAUAAAAGUUCCCUGAAGCAUAAUUCGUAACUUUAGAUCUGUUAACUUCUAAGUCAAGAUCAAGGAUGUGUUCUUUGGCUUCAGAGAUAGCUUGUUCCAGAUCCAUCACUAUUAGUGCUUGAGAUGAAUUGAGAAGCCACAAAAAGAAAAAUGAUUGGAUGUGUGUGUGUGUUUUUUCAAUAAGGAAUUAAAUAUAUCAAUAAGAGCAAGUAGGGCCAAUGAAUCACUUCCAUUGUUUUCAUCCUUGCGAUGUGGCCCUGCAAGUGACAGUACAAGUGAUAUCAGUGAGUAACUAACUGCUCACCAUAGUUAGAUGAAGUAAUUUUUUAUUGAAGUGCAAUCUUUUUUCUAAAGCGAUAGGAACAAUAUCUUGCACUUCAGCACUGCUGAACAAAGAUUUAUUUUUAGAUAUUUAUUUUUAACAAAAUGUGUC